UCCCAGGCAGGCAGCACAGGAAGCUCAGCUUCGCCGGGAGCCUCAGCAGGAAGGCACAGCCAAAGCAGGAUGAAGCUUUCCACGGGCAUCAUUUUCUGCUUACUGAUCCUGGGCGUCAGCAGCCAGAGAUGGGCUACGUUCCUCAAGGAAGCUGGUCAAGGGGCUGAAGACAUGUGGAGAGCCUACUCUGACAUGAGAGAAGCCAAUUACAAAAAUUCAGACAAGUACUUCCACGCCCGGGGCAACUAUGACGCUGCCCAAAGGGGACCUGGGGGCGCCUGGGCUGCUAAAGUGAUCAGCGAUGCCAGAGAGAAUGUUCAGAGAGUCACAGACCUUUUUAAGCAUGGAGACAGUGGCCACGGACUGGAGGACUCGAGGGCCGACCAGGCUGCCAAUGAAUGGGGCCGGAGCGGCAAAGACCCCAAUCACUUCAGACCUGCCGGCCUGCCCGACAAUUACUGAGCUGCCUCUCACUCUGCUCAGGAGACAGGGCUCAAGCGAGUGGGGACAGUGCUGAGCUAGGUUGCUGUAUUCUGCAUCUGUAGUUCUUGAUAGUUGAUAAAGAGCACAUAAAAAUGUUUAACAAAUGCUUGUGAAAUCCAA